CGAGCAUGGCAGCUGCCGGGGCAGCCUUGGGCGGCGCGGGCGCAGGCUCCGAGGCGGGCGACUUCCUGGCCCGGUACCGGCAGGUGUCUAACAAGCUGAAGAAGCGGUUCCUGCGGAAGCCGAACGUGGCUGAGGCUGGCGAGCAUUUCGGGCAGCUGGGCCGCGAGCUGCGCGCCCAGGAGUGCUUGCCCUACGCGGCCUGGUGCCAGCUGGCCGUGGCACGCUGCCAGCAGGCGCUCUUCCACGGGCCUGGCGAGGCGCUGGCUCUGACCGAGGCCGCUCGCCUCUUCCUGCAGCAGGAGCGCGACGCACGCCAGCGCCUGGUCUGCCCCGCGGCCUACGGGGAGCCGCUGCAGGCCGCCGCCGCCGCCCUGGGAGCCGCUGUGCGUCUGCACCUCGAGCUGGGCCAGCCGGCCGCCGCCGCCGCGCUCUGUCUCGAGCUGGCCGCCGCCCUCCGCGACCUGGGCCAGCCGGCUGCCGCCGCCUGCCACUUCCAGCGCGCCGCCCAGCUGCAGCUGCCCCAGCUGCCCCUGGCCGCGCUGCAGGCGCUCGGUGAGGCCGCCUCCUGCCAGCUGCUGGCGCGGGACUACAAUGCAGCCCUGGCGCUCUUCACGCGCAUGCAGCGCCUGGCGCGCGAGCACGGCACUCACCCGGUGCAGCCAGCGCCGCCACCUCCCGGCCCCGCCGCGCCGCAGCCCCCCGGGCCCGUACCGGGGCCCGAUGCCGCUUGCGCGCUGCCCACGCCGCUCCCGGGCAGCGCCGCGGCCCCCGCCGCCGCGCUGGGCGCCUUCUCCGACGUGCUGGUCCGCUGCGAGGUGACCCGUGUGCUGCUGCUGCUGUUGCUGCAGCCCCCACCCGCCAAACUGCUGCCAGAGCACGCCCAGACCCUGGAGAAGUACUCCUGGGAGGCGCUCGACAGUCACGGGCAGGAGGGCAGCGGCCAGCUUCCCGAGGAGCUCUUUCUGCUACUGCAGUCCUUGGUCAUGGCCACACAUGAGAAGGACACCGAGGCCGUCAAGUCGCUGCAGGGGGAGCUGUGGCCGCUGCUCAGUGCCGAGCAGAAUCACCUCCUUCACCUGGUCCUGCAGGAAGCCAUCUCCCCUUCGGGACAGGGCGUCUGA